CAGAUUAACACUAAAGCCCCACAAUGUCCUUGAAACCACGAGUAGUUGAUUUUGAUGAAACAUGGAACAAACUUCUAACAACAAUUAAAGCUGUUGUUAUGUUGGAUUAUGUCGAAAGGGCAACAUGGAAUGAUCGCUUCUCCGACAUUUAUGCUUUGUGUGUGGCCUAUCCUGAACCUCUCGGAGAGAGACUUUAUACUGAGACUAAAAUUUUUUUGGAAAAUCACGUACGCCAUUUGCACAAGAGAGUUCUGGAAGCUGAAGAACAAGUACUGAUUAUGUAUCACAGAUACUGGGAAGAGUACAGCAAAGGGGCAGACUAUAUGGACUGCUUAUACAGGUACCUCAACACACAGUUUAUUAAGAAGAACAAAUUGACUGAAGCUGAUCUUCAGUAUGGUUAUGGAGGGGUGGAUAUGAAUGAACCAUUGAUGGAAAUAGGAGAGCUAGCUCUUGAUAUGUGGAGAAAAUUAAUGAUUGAGCCACUGCAGGCCAUCCUUAUACGGAUGCUCCUCCGAGAAAUCAAAAAUGAUCGCUGUGGAGAAGACCCAAACCAGAAAGUAAUCCAUGGGGUUAUUAACUCCUUUGUUCAUGUUGAACAGUAUAAGAAAAAGUUCCCCCUAAAGUUUUAUCAGGAAAUUUUUGAGUGUCCUUUUCUGAAUGAAACAGGGGAGUAUUAUAAGCAAGAAGCUUCAAAUUUAUUGCAAGAGUCAAAUUGCUCACAAUACAUGGAGAAGGUUUUAGGUAGAUUAAAAGAUGAAGAAAUGCGGUGUCGGAAAUACUUGCAUCCCAGCUCAUAUGUUAAAGUGAUCCAUGAAUGCCAACAGAGGAUGGUAGCUGAUCACUUGCAGUUUCUACAUGCGGAAUGUCACAAUAUUAUCAGACAAGAGAAAAGAAGUGACAUGGCAAAUAUGUAUACUCUACUUCGUGCUGUGUCAAGUGGUUUACCUCAUAUGAUUCAGGAACUACAAAACCAUAUCCAUGAUGAGGGCCUUAGAGCAACCAGCAAUCUUUCUCAGGAAAAUAUGCCAACUCAGUUUGUGGAGUCAGUUUUGGAAGUACACAGUAAAUUUGUUCAACUAAUCAACACUGUUUUGAAUGGUGAUCAACACUUUAUGAGUGCCCUUGACAAGGCUUUGACAUCAGUAGUUAAUUACAGGGAGCCCAAGUCGAUCUGCAAAGCACCUGAGUUGCUGGCCAAGUACUGUGACAACUUGUUGAAGAAAUCAGCGAAAGGAAUGACAGAGAAUGAAGUAGAAGACAAACUUACAAGUUUCAUUACUGUUUUCAAAUACAUUGAUGACAAAGAUGUAUUCCAAAAGUUCUAUGCCAGAAUGUUGGCAAAAAGGUUAAUUCAUGGUUUGUCCAUGUCUAUGGAUUCUGAAGAAGCCAUGAUUAAUAAACUAAAGCAAGCCUGUGGUUAUGAAUUUACCAGCAAGCUCCAUCGAAUGUAUACGGACAUGAGUGUUAGUGCUGAUCUCAACAAUAAAUUCAACAACUUCAUCAAAAACCAGGACACAAUUAUAGAUUUGGGAAUUAGUUUUCAGAUAUAUGUUCUGCAGGCUGGUGCAUGGCCUCUAACUCAGGCUCCUUCUUCUACAUUUGCAAUUCCUCAGGAACUGGAAAAAAGUGUACAGAUGUUUGAAUUAUUUUACAGUCAGCAUUUUAGUGGAAGGAAGCUUACUUGGUUACAUUACCUUUGUACAGGUGAAGUCAAAAUGAAUUAUUUGUGCAAACCUUACGUAGCGAUGGUCACAACAUACCAAAUGGCAGUGUUGCUUGCCUUCAACAACAGUGAAACUGUCAGUUACAAGGAGCUUCAGGAUAGUACGCAAAUGAAUGACAAGGAGCUGACAAAAACCAUCAAAUCCUUACUUGAUGUCAAAAUGAUCAACCAUGACUCAGACAAGGAAGAUAUAGAGGCAGAGUCUACUUUUUCAUUAAAUAUGAGCUUCAGCAGUAAACGAACAAAAUUUAAAAUUACUACAUCAAUGCAGAAAGACACACCACAGGAGAUGGAGCAGACCAGAAGUGCUGUAGAUGAAGACAGAAAAAUGUAUCUUCAAGCUGCUAUAGUCCGUAUCAUGAAAGCACGUAAAGUUUUGCGACAUAAUGCUCUUAUUCAGGAGGUAAUUAGCCAAUCAAGGGCUAGGUUUAACCCAAGUAUCAGCAUGAUUAAGAAGUGUAUUGAAGUCCUGAUAGACAAACAAUACAUAGAGCGAAGCCAGGCCUCUGCAGACGAGUACAGUUAUGUAGCAUGAUAUUGCUAUCCUGCAGGUAUGAUUGUAAGGAGAUCAUUGCUGUCACUGUUUGGUGUGUUCCUGUGGGAAGAGGCAGGCCUGUGCCUCCAUAAUUGGUCACUUGGCAGCCCCUGUUUUUCUGCUGUUUACAACAUCACCAGUGCCAUGUCAUGAGCGUCAAUGAAAAUGCCUAUAGAUAUUUCAAGCUCAUGUCAUUAUGACAUUUCUUAAAACUUUACUAAAAGAAUGAGUGAAGUAUUGCUGAAAUGUGGAAAAUUGGUUGGGUACCAUGCUUUUUUUUUCCCCCUCCCCUUUCACGUUUGCAGUUGAUGUUUUUUAAUGUAUCUUAAGACAAGGU